AUGAAAGUUCUUUUGUAUAGUGAAAACACUGAGGUUUUAAACUGUUUUGUUGUUUUAACAUUUAACCCAUUUACCUUUAGUGGCGCAGAACGCCUCUUUCCGUAUAUCAUUGCGAACACUAUAGCUUACUGAACCAGAAGUGUAAGUUGAAACUUAAAUGAGCUGUGUCACAACAUUUACUCAAAAUUUCAAGGGUGAGAACUGCUACCAAAUUGAAUAAAACAUAGAAGGUAUAAAUAAGGAGGAACAGAUGGACAAACUUAAAGAAGAGGGAAACGGAUUGCAGUUGUGGUUUUUGAAACUUGUAACUUUUUAAUAUAGUACUUGGGAGACAAAAUUUGUCUGACAUCAAACUGUGUUUUGGUCAUUCAUAAGGAAUUUUCCAAGUUUCAGAGCGAACAGGGACGCGUACUAAACCAGACUGCCGUGACGCACCUCCUUUAAUAUACUGUGGCAAUUUUUUGAUGUCUUUCAAAUUGCUAGUUUAGUAUAAGCAAUGCUUGAAUAUAAUAAAUGAUAUUAUUAUUCAUUCAAAAUAUUUCCCCGAUUCUGAUUGGCUAAAAGCACACGCAUAACUCACCAUAAUUGAUAGAUACAUUAGUCCUGUUUAUUCCUUAUACAACUGCAUGAUAUUCAGUUUGGACCGGUUAAACAGUCGUCAGUGGUAGACACUACACUUAUAACACUUGUGUGUUUUCUUUAAACAACAAUUUCAAUUGUAUUUCAACAUUUAAAAGGAAAACUUCCCGAAAAUAGCAGGGCUAAUGUAGGCGUUUUCUCAGAAGAAAAAAAAUGACUUUCUGUUGACUAGAUGUAAAACUCUCGGCUUAAGACACUUCAGUGUUGUACAAAGUAUAUAUAAAGUCGAGUCAAUUGUAACAAAUAUCUUAUUUAGCGCCUUAGGACUCUUCAGUUUAAUGUUGUGGUACGAAAAAUAUGUGCCCUGGUAGAAAAUAACGUCAGCACAGAGCUUUGGGCAUUUAUUUAUGUAAGGGAUUCGAGAAGAACUAAGCAAUUGUAAUAAGCUGUUUGCUAAUUUGCUUUAAAGAAACAAACACUGUAUGUUAAAACUGUGAAACGCAGUUUGAAUUAUUCUUCUUAUGAGGUGUUGGUUAUUAAACCCCUGAAUGGGAAGUACAUGCCUUUCGCUUUUUAUUUGUUAGCGAAAACCUGAAGCGUGGUUAAUUGAUUCAAAUAAAGGCUUUGAAAACGAUCGUCUUGUAAUUUUAGUUAGCUUUAUUAAGCUUAUCGUUAUUGGAAGUGAAAUCGGAUGAAAACGAAAAGAGACGACGCGUCGACGCACUGAGCGCCUGAAUUUUAAAACCAAAGAAUAAGAUUUAGAUGUGACAUUGUAAGGCAAAUAAAAAUUAUUGGAGUACGUUUGGACGAACGAUGAAAAGUGUAGUAAACAAUUCCCAGCAGGUGAAAAAAUAAAUAAAUUAAUAUUCAACAUAUAAACCCGUUGCACCUUAACCGCCAAAUUAAUUUCUCUGUUGCGAAAGAAAAAAAAAGAAGUAAACAUUUUAAGAACAUUGGCAACGUAGCUGACAUGUGCUCGUUUAGAAAUAACGCUAUAUUUCGUAGGUGAACAUGUCUAGAGUUAAAUGAGCGUCCCUAGAUGACCAAGUUAUCUCUUGAAAAAUUUUUUGACUUACACAAGGGCUAUUGAUCUUUAGCAGGUAAAUGUUAUGAGAAUAUGAUAAAUGAUAAUGACGAUUUGCGUUUAAAACCAGGUGUUUCCGAGGAAAAAGAAAAGUGCGUGGCUUCGUAAAGCGAAAAUGGGCUUCUGGCCGUUUUUAACAUAUAACACAGCUUCGUCAAAAUGAAUACGAACUGCUACGAAGUUUACUUUAGUGGUAGAGAACUCUUCUUUCUUGUGUCAUGCUGAAUAUUGCAGCAUCGAAAAGAAGGAAGUUGAAAGUUUAAAUCACCUAAGGUGUAGAAGUAGGCUUUCGUCGGUGUCACGAUUGUGGAGCAGUUACACACAAAAACGCGGAGACGGUGGCAACCAAUUUCUAUUCCCCUUCUUUAAUAGGAGAACGAAGAUGAAGAUUAAUUAAUUUCCAUUCCUUACAAAUCGCUGUGAAUUUGACUCUUUUUGUCAUUGUUUUUUUUAAAACGGUAUCUCUCUUGUGUUUUUAUUGCUAGCAAUUAUUAGUCACGUGUUUUAAUUGAUCCUUGUUAAUUUAUUUAAAAUUGUUUAUAUACUAAUACGUCAAGGUGCUCCCUUGGGUUUUUCCUGUAGAGCUAAUUUGUAUUCAACUUUGGGCUUGCGAACUCGCAUAAUUAACUGAUCAACGGUGCGUGAAAUGACAAGACUUUAAUAGUUUUUCAUUUCCUCGAGAUAGAACGGAGAAAACGUCAGACAAAAUUGAAAUAGAGAGUUUUCAGCUCCACUUCACCUCGCAUUGCUAGGUGAUCGCUUCUCUUAUUCCUAUUUUUGCAUUUUAAUAGACGUUCAAACCGGCUCAAGUUACUUACCGGGCAAGCCUAUUGUUUCUAUUGAAUAAGGGAGACGCUCAUUAGUAAACCUAUACUGAAUUAGUAUGCGGGAAGGAAUGUGAAUAUAAAUGAUGUACCUAUACCUAUACGUGUAUACCGAUACCUAUACCGAAUUAUUAUGCAGGAAGGUAUGUGAAUAUUAAUGAUUUACCUAUACCUAUACGUAUACCUUAACACUAACAGGGCUAAUCUUUGCUGAAGCAUGACCACUAACGCACACAAAAUAUCGAGAAUUCUUCCCGACUUUAUUUAUAAAAACAACCGAUUUUCAGCUUGUUUUUAAUUUUGGGCAGACGCGUACAAUUACCAUAUUUAGAGAGCACGGUAUAAUGGCUCAUAUACCAGGAUGGCUAAACCAAUAAGAGCUCUAGAAUUGCAUUAUCAAAUGAUUCAGUUUUUAAUAAAGCAAGAUAUACUCAUCUUAAAUGGUAUAAGAAUUAUAUUCGUAACAGGUGUGCCCUAAUGUUGCCCACACGUCUUUGACUUUUAUUUAUUUUAACUGGCCUGUCUGUCUGUGUAGAUUUAUAUUGACAAUGUAACUAGCAGAGACCUCCAAACGUUGUUUUGGUCGGGUAAAGUUCAGUUCUUUUGCUGCAGAAGAAGGCGAUCUUUACUUAAGUCGAUGUUCCUUUUCCCGGAAAGAACUAAAUAGGUGACUUCAAGAACUCCGCCAGUGGCAAACGGCACGAAUGCAGCAGCAGAUAAACCUAUUUCUUGCUGUCUUGAAUAUUUUUCUCUCCUUCUGUGCAACUCUGGGCAAUGCUCUUAUCCUGGUUGCUCUUCGUAAAGUGUCUUCCAUCCACCCGCCAACGAAAUCGUUAGUUCAGUGUUUAAACAUCACCGAUUUCUUUAUUGGCCUUAUUUGCCAACCGCUCUUCGCUAUCCACUUACUUCAUCAUCAUAGCGUUCUGGACUUUAAGUUCGCGCAUUUGCACAAUGAAUUUUCUCUUUUUAUCCUGUUGUUUGAAGUAUCAUUCCUAACAUCUGCCGCCAUCAGCGUGGACAGACUGUCGGCUCUUUUGCUGGGACCGAGGUACAGACACGUUGUUACUUUAUUCCGAGUUCGUGCGAUCAUAGCCUGUUUUUGGUUUAUUGCUGUAUUGAACGGUACUUUGUUCUUCGUAAGAGUUAAAUUUUUCUUUGAUAUGAACGCUAAUGUUGGCCUUUUCUGGACAUCCUUUGGUUUAGUAAUACUUUCUGUUAUGAUAUCAACGCUUUCUUACCUAAAGAUUUUCUUCACUCUCCGUCGUCGGCACGGUCAAGUGCAAGAACAUGUACAACCGGGAGAGAGAAGAAAUCCACUGAACUUAGCACGAUAUAAGAAGACAGUGACUAGAACAGUUUGGGGUCACUUGGCAUUACUGGCUUGUUAUGGUCCUUACACUGUAUUGGCUAUGCUACUGUGGCAUGGAAUUGUAAGCUACACGCCUGGGGUACUUGUCACACUCGAUUUUUUUAUUAGCCUACUAUUUUUAAAUUCAUCUCUUAAUCCAGUCCUUUUUUGUUGGAGGAUCAGGGAGGUGCGAAUGGAGGUAAAGAAGAUCAUUCGAAAGUGUUUCUGCCUUUAAAUGUGAUGUAGACAACGUUAAAAGUUAUAACUGAACAAUGAAGACAAAUCAGUAUCAUCAUCGUUGUCAUCAUCAUCAUCGUCGUCGUCGUCAUCGUCAUCAUCAUCGUCAUCGUCAUCAUCAUCAUCAUCAUCAUCAUCAUCAACAUCAUCAUCAUCAUCAUCAUCAUCAUCAUCAACAUCAUCAUCAUCAUCAUCAUCAUCAUCAUUAUUAUCAUUUGGUUGGGAUGCUUUGAACAGUUAUCUUAUUCCAUGCAUCCUGUCCGACAUCGCGUUCGCAACAUCCUCUCUGUCAAUUCUGGAAUUCGUCGAAAUCGAGUCCGAUCUGAAGACACAUAGAGCUUCCAUUAACACAGUUGGUGAAACAUUGACGAGCAAGUGCAAACCACUGUACAGUUAAAAUAUUGUGGACUUUUUAAUGAGAUACCAGAGAAGCUUAGGACUAAAACCUGACAUGCUUCGAAAAACACUGCUUAGAGAAUAAGAAUAGGGACUUUGAUGAUCCGUACCGUCCACAUUGUACUUGGGCGCAACAUCUUUCAUCGCCGUUUCUCACCAUAGUUAACUGCAUAAGUAAUUGUUACUUUCUUGGAAAGUGUUUUUUUUUCUUUUGCACAAGUGUAUGUAAGUAUUUUUGUUUUAACUAGCUCAUAUGGCUCAUUUGUUCCCUUCUAUUGUCCUUGCCCACUGCUCUCUUUCUUGAUUGUGUAUGCAGUAAAAAGUGAAUUAAAUUUAAUAAACGUAAACAUGAUUAUUCAAGAAAAUAAAAUAAAAAAGAGACUUUUUUUGAAAGAUUUUGGUGCUUUAAGAUGUCGGUCGAGGGCGGCUCUGAUCGACAACAAGCUGGUUUUCUUAUAAUAGCUGCCGUCAGUUUUCCUCACGGAAACGUAAAAUUUUGCCAGCAAUUUAAUUAAUUCAUGGACUCCCAUGUUUUCUAUUUCAUUUGUGAACUCUUUCGGCUGUUGAAACCAAUCUGUAGAACAAAAUAUUUCGCAAACGUUAAUAAAAGUCGCCGACACUUUGAAGCAAAAAAAUGUAAACAAACGUACCAGUUUUCAGUAAAUUGUGUUACUUGCAAAAGAGAAAUAUUUUCAACCUACCUUUGAAUAGCUUGACUCCAAAUUUUGUAGCAUCUUUUGUUUUUUGAGGAACUGCAUUUUCUUUAAAUAUAUCAAUUUCCGACUCCGAAACAUCAACAAAUCUGACUGCCAUUUUGAAAACUGCUAGCCCUCAAUGUUAUGAUCACCGCGCGGUUAUUAUAGUGGGAUGAAGCGAAGCUCCUAGCCAAUGAUAGCGCUUAAUUUUCGAUGAUCAUCAUGAAUGUAAGUUUACUAAAAGAGAUUAUUAGUAUGUAGAAUCGAUCGAGAAAGAUGAAUAAGUUUCGGUUCCUUCUUGUAGGAAUAGUAUUUAUGACGUUCCAAUCACGUCUAGUUUAGUUUCUUUAUCUUUCAAAUCGGCACUCUAAAUCCUCAUGGUAUCAGUGAAAGCUUGAUUCUCACGCAGCUAGAAUAUUGAUGAUUUAACUCCUUACUAUUUGUCUUCACUCCCUGUCAAAUAUCAACCGGCACGUUUACACCGCUCAUCUAAUUGAUGGCGUUUACAAGUUCCUUCUGUUUAUACAGUGACUUAGAAACACCGCUCAUUUUCACAUUAUGCGCCGAAACUCUGGAACAGUUUACCUAAUCAUAUCAAAUACUCUGAAUCUUUUUCCACUUUUAAGCAACGGUUAAAAACUUUUCUUUUUACCACUCGAUUAAUAACCCCCACAUCCCGCAAUCCUCUGAUUCACUCCGAAGAAGGUUAACGCUUAGCGUUAGAAGCUCUUUAUGGUGGAAAAUAUUUUUUAUCUUUAAGUCAGUCGAUAAAACACAGACAGCUAGAAACUUGAACUAAGAGAGUAAUAAAAAGAAAGUAUAACAAACUUGUUGAACGGUUCUCAUAUCAGGCAAUAAUACUUUCUUUUAAACAGUCGCUCAUAUUAUACUUGGUUCGUCGUCCAAAUACUCAGUAAUAAGUUUAUCUGCGAGCAGCUUAAGUCAACAUUCCGUCCAAAUUGUGUCAUUUCUUACAAUAAUAUUUGAUAUAUUGCGAUUAGGCGAAUUGAACGUAAUAAAUGUCUAAUGGCGACGUUUUAUGCAACCCUCAGCAAGUUGCUUUGGAACCAACGAAGAGGACGAUUUCGUAAUACAUAGUCGAGACUUUAUUGAACUUAAGUUUAUGUCCAGUUACCUUUACACAACAAAUUAGAAUGAUGAAACGUAACACUGACAUGCAUCAGUUUAAUUAACAUUUGUCUGUAUAUUUGUGAAGCUUCAAUAUUAGCUGGUAUUGAAAUCCGAAAGUAGUUUUUUCAAUUAAAGUCCCCAGAGUUUUGCAGCUGUAUUUCAAUCGACUUGACGGUUCUUUUUCAAGUAAGGCCUGAAUCGAUAGCUUUGUCGACAAAUGGCAAACAGCGCAAACGAAACUUUCAUAAUCAUACAGAUACCAACAGGACUACAGAUAUUUUUUUCAGCUUUGUUCAUUUUUCUUUCCAUAACUGCAACUUUAGGCAACGCCCUGAUCCUGUUUGCACUUUGUAAAGUAUCGUCCAUCCAUGCACCAACCAAGUUGUUAUUUCGAUGUUUGGCAGUCACUGAUCUUUGUGUUGGUCUUACAUGUGCACCUCUUCACGCUUAUAUUUUUUUAAGGGAUUUUCGCGAUGGUGACUACAUCGAAGAACUUUAUUACAUCACGGAUUUUUUCUUCGACAUGUUGCUUGCGGUAUCAGCUUUAACAUCGGCUGCCAUCAGUGUUGACAGACUUCUUGCUCUGUUGCUGCGCCUAAGAUACAGACACGUUGUAACGUCAUGCCGAGUUCGUUCCAUUAUAGCUUGUUUUUGGGUAAUUGCUAUUUUAAACGCCAGUUUUUGCAACGCUGCUGAGAUUGGUUUUUUGGAUAUGACUGUGAGGCUUGCCUCGUACUGGGAAUUUUUUGGCCUAUUAGUAUUUGCUAUAGUCAUUUCAACCUUCUCUUACAUAAAGAUUUUUUUCUCCAUUCGCCACCAAAAAACCCAAGUGCACAGAGCUGUACAACCAAAACAAUUAAGACAAGGAGAAAAUCCGCUGAACAUAGCACGAUACAAGAAGACAGUGUAUAGCGUAGCUUGGAUACAGUUUGCUAUCCUUGCAUGUUAUACUCCUUACAUUAUAAUGACACUGAUAUGGUGGUUUCGAAUAAUAGACGAUCCUACCGAGUUGCUUAUAUUGCAAAUCACGGAUAUAUUUUUCAUUUGUCUCCUGUUUUUGAAUUCAUCUGUGAAUCCGAUACUUUAUUGUUGGAGGAUCAGAGAUGUAAAAAAGGAAGUGAUUCACGCUUUUCGCGAGUGUACUUGUUGUUGA